AUGAACCCCUUCAGAAGAGAGCCUCAGGAUCUACCGCCAAGCUAUGAUGCAUCACAGUCAAUCUCCGGCCAGCCACAGUUCCAGCCGCAGACUCAGUAUCAGAUGCAGGCAGAGGCCAACCCACCACCAUACCACAACUGGCAAGAUGCAGUCCCAGACACCGCCACAUUCCCCCCGCCACCAAUAACAGGCUACCUCCAGUCAGGCACCGGCAACGCCUCAGAAGACGACGCCCAGAGAGCACACGACUUCUGCGACAAUGUGCCUCUUUGGUUGCCUGCUCGGCCUUCAGAUGUUGUCUACAGUGAUGUCCAAGCAUAUGAUCUGAGACCUGUUCAUCCGAGCGAAUUGCAUGGUCAGGUUACUGCUACCGCACGUGGACGCUGGAAUGGUCAUAGUGCGGACCGGAAUGGGGAUUGUGUUGUUAUGACGCAGUUGCCCAUGUACUUUCCUACCAUGGACUCGCCGUUUGUGCGCGAGCAGAAGAAGAUUAUUUACUUUGAGGUGAGGGUGUUGGCCUUCAGGGCUGGGCCUGCUGGUGAUGAUAGUGGGAUUUCUAUCGGGUUUGCGGCUCAGCCUUAUCCCUCUUGGAGAUCGCCUGGUUGGGAACGGGGUGGAUUGGGAGUAUUCUCCGAUGAUGGGUGUCGGUUUGUCAAUGAUUCCUUUGGGGGUCGGGAUUUCACCACUGCGUUUAGGGUUGGAGAGACCGUUGGGAUUGGGAUGGAGUUUUCUCUUCCUGACAAUCUGGACGUCGGGACAGAUGGCAAAAAGAAGACCUGCGAGGUGGAGAUCUUCUUUACUCGAAAUGGACAGAGGGCCGGGGGCUGGAAUCUGCAUGAAGAGGUUGAUGCAGACUCCGGGGGCGUCGAAGGUCUGGAAGGCAAUUUCGACUUGUAUGGAGCGAUUGGGUUGUUCGGUGGUGUCGAUUUCGAAUCUUGUUUUGACCCUGCAGGUUGGCUAUGGAGGCCUGCCGAGUAA